AUGCCUGAAAUUGCUGAAGUUGCGCGGUGCGUGCACUUCUUGCGCCUUCAUCUUGUAGGCAAGAAGAUCGCCAAGGUCUCCGCCCCUGACGAUGCCAAUGUCUUUGGCAAAGUCGGCACCAGCGGUCCAGCGUUUGAGAAGGCUGUGAAGGGGAGGAAGGUCGUUUCUGUUGGAAGUCAAGGAAAGUAUUUCUGGAUCACAUUCGACAAGGCCCCUCAUGCGGUGAUGCACCUGGGCAUGACAGGAUGGAUCCAUAUCAAAGGCGACAAGACGGCUUAUACAAACUACUACAAAAAGAUGAAGGAAGGCGAGGCAGAUAUCUGGCCCCCCAAAUACUGGAAAUUCAACAUCGAGACCGAAGGCACACCCAAAGUCUCGGCAGCCUUCACAGACCCCCGCCGCUUCGGCCGCAUCCGGCUCGUAGACUGCCCCGGCGCAGACAUCAGGUCCCACUCGCCCCUCAAAGAAAACGGACCCGACCCCGUCGUCGACGUCGACGUCUUCACAGAAACCUACCUCCGGCAAAAGAUGCAGUCCCGCCACGUCCCCGUCAAGGCCCUCCUCCUGGACCAGAGCCACAUCAGCGGCAUCGGCAACUGGGUCGCCGACGAGGUGCUAUACCAGUCCCGACUGCACCCUGAGCAGUACUGCGAUACCUUUGACGAAGGGGAGAUGAAGAGGUUGUAUGAGGCCGUGCGGUAUGUGUGUCAGACGGCCGUCGAUAAACUGGGCGACUCGGAUGCGUUUCCAGACGAUUGGUUGUUCAAUUACCGCUGGGGCAAGGGGAGUAAAGAUGCCGCAUCGGAGCUGCCCAACGGAGAGAAGCUUGCUUUUAUAACUGUGGGAGGGCGGACGAGUUGCUAUGCUCCUGGGAGGCAGAAGAAGACUGGACAGGUUGUGCCGUCGGCCAAGGAGGAGCCCGUGGCGGAGGACGAGGAUGAUGGCAAGAAACCCAAGGCCGUCGCCAAGAAGAAGAGGCCGGCGAAAGCGAACGAGAGCGACGAGGAGGAGAAGCCCAGUAAGAGAGCAAGAGGCGCCAAGGGUUCAGCAAAGGCAAAGGUGAAGAAGGAAGAAACUCCCGAGCCGCCCGCCGCCGAAGCACCGGCACCAAGCAAGAAGCAACGAGCCUCAAAACAGGCUGCAGCGGGGAAGCCCAAGGCCCCAUCAGCCAAGGCCAAGACGACAUCCGUUAAGAAGGAAGAGGCAGUAGAGAAGACGACGGUGGAGGACACGGGGAGACGCAGAUCCCUCCGGCUGAAGGCGUGA